UUCGCCCGCGGACGGCCGCCCAGACACACGUACUGUACACACGAGCGAGCGGGCGGCGGGGCCGAGACACGCCCGCCGCGCGGCCCCCGCUCCCGCCGCCGCUGCUGCCGCCGCCGCCGGCCCCCGCCCGCCGCCCGCCGCCCGCCGCCCCGCCGGUCCGGCCGCGCGAGCAUGCACCCGACGAGCUAGGAGGAAGCCGAGCUCCGCAGGAAGAAGGACCGCGCCGCCACCGCCGCCGCGCCCGCCGCCUCCCUCCCGCCGGCCCCUCCCCUGCGGGCGCCCCCAGCCCCACACCCCCCCACCUUCCUGAGCGGUGGGGGGGUGCGGGCCGCCGACCGGGGGCCCCGCCGCCCCGCAGCCGGGACAGCCCCUUUCCCCGCCCCCGGCCCCGGCCCCCUCCCCGGCCCGGCCGGCCAUGGAUCUGACCAGCAGCUCGGGCGGCGGCGGCGGCGGCGACCCCCGGCAGAUCGAGGAGACCAAGCCGCUGCUGGGGGGCGACGUGCCGGCCCCCGAGGGCACCGCGAAGAUGGGCGCCGUGCCCUGCCGCCGGGCCCUCCUCCUGUGCAACGGGAUGAGGUACAAACUGCUGCAGGAGGGCGACAUCCAGGUCUGUGUCAUCCGGCACCCGCGGACCUUUCUCAGCAAGAUCCUCACCUCGAAGUUCCUGAGGCGCUGGGAGCCGCACCACCUAACGCUGGCCGACCACAGCCUGGCGUCCGCCACGCCAACUGGGUACAUGGAAAACUCCGUCUCCUACAGCGCUAUUGAAGACGUUCAGCUGCUGUCCUGGGAGAAUGCCCCGAAGUACUGUUUACAGCUCACAAUUCCUGGGGGAACUGUCUUACUGCAGGCUGCCAACAGCUACCUGCGGGACCAGUGGUUCCAUUCUCUGCAGUGGAAGAAAAAGAUUUACAAAUAUAAGAAAGUCCUGAGUAACCCAAGCCGCUGGGAGGUUGUCUUGAAGGAGAUCCGAACUCUGGUGGACAUGGCCCUGACAUCCCCCCUGCAAGAUGACUCCAUCAACCAAGCCCCACUGGAAAUUGUCUCAAAACUGCUCUCAGAGAACACAAACUUGACGACCCAGGAGCAUGAAAACAUCAUUGUGGCAAUCGCCCCUUUGCUGGAAAACAACCAUCCGCCACCAGAUCUCUGUGAAUUCUUUUGCAAGCACUGCAGAGAGCGGCCCCGGUCCAUGGUGGUCAUCGAGGUGUUCACGCCCGUGGUCCAGAGAAUCCUCAAGCAUAACAUGGACUUUGGGAAGUGCCCGCGACUAAGGCUGUUUACUCAGGAGUACAUCCUUGCCUUGAACGAGCUCAACGCAGGGAUGGAAGUGGUGAAGAAGUUCAUUCAGAGCAUGCACGGCCCCACAGGGCACUGCCCUCACCCCCGGGUCCUGCCCAACCUGGUGGCCGUGUGCCUGGCUGCCAUCUACUCCUGCUAUGAAGAGUUCAUCAACAGCCGCGACAAUUCCCCAAGCCUGAAGGAGAUCCGGAACGGCUGCCAGCAGCCCUGCGACCGGAAGCCCACCUUACCUCUGCGCCUUCUGCACCCCAGCCCGGACCUGGUGUCUCAGGAAGCCACGCUGUCCGAGGCACGGCUCAAGUCGGUGGUCGUGGCCUCCAGUGAGAUCCACGUGGAGGUGGAGCACACCAGCACUGCCAAGCCGGCGCUGACGGCCAGCGCGGGCAACGACAGUGAGCCCAACCUCAUCGACUGCCUCAUGGUCAGCCCUGCCUGCAGCACCAUGAGCAUCGAGCUGGGUCCCCAGGCUGACCGCACGCUCGGCUGCUACGUGGAAAUCCUCAAGCUGCUGUCUGACUACGAUGACUGGAGACCGUCUCUGGCCAGCUUGCUUCAACCCAUUCCAUUCCCCAAAGAAGCCCUCGCGCACGAGAAGUUCACCAAGGAACUGAAGUACGUGAUUCAGAGGUUCGCCGAGGACCCACGACAAGAGGUGCACUCCUGCCUGCUGAGCGUGCGGGCCGGCAAGGACGGCUGGUUUCAGCUCUACAGCCCCGGAGGGGUGGCCUGCGACGACGAUGGGGAGCUGUUCGCCAGCAUGGUGCACAUCCUUAUGGGCUCCUGUUACAAGACCAAAAAAUUCCUGCUCUCCCUGGCGGAAAACAAGCUGGGACCCUGCAUGCUCCUGGCGCUGAGGGGCAACCAGACCAUGGUGGAGAUCCUGUGCUUGAUGCUGGAGUACAACAUCAUCGACAACAACGACACCCAGCUGCAGAUCAUCUCAACCCUGGAGAGUACCGGUGUGGGGAAGCGCAUGUAUGAGCAGCUGUGCGACCGGCAGCGGGAGCUGAAGGAGCUGCAAAGGAAAGGCGGGCCCACCAGGCUAACACUGCCCUCCAAGUCCACAGACGCAGACUUGGCUCGGUUGCUGAGCUCUGGCUCCUUCGGGAACCUGGAGAACCUCAGCUUGGCCUUCACCAAUGUCACCAGUGCCUGCGCUGAGCACCUCAUCAAACUGCCUUCUCUCAAGCAGCUGAACCUGUGGUCCACUCAGUUUGGAGACGCCGGCCUGCGCCUCCUGUCGGAACACCUCACCAUGCUCCAGGUGCUGAACCUGUGCGAGACGCCUGUCACCGAUGCCGGCCUGUUGGCCCUCAGCUCCAUGAAGAGUCUCUGCAGUUUAAACAUGAACAGCACCAAGCUCUCAGCCGACACCUAUGAAGAUCUGAAGGCCAAGCUCCCCAACCUGAAGGAGGUGGACGUCCGCUACACGGAGGCCUGGUGAAGCUGCGCGCAGGAGGGAGUCUGCAGCCGCGACACACAACUCUUGACUAAUUGCCGUAGAGCGCCAGGCCUGGGUCCCACCGGCUCCUGGCUGUGCGAUAGAUGGGGGUCUUUCUGGGGGCAGAGGGCGCUGGGGGAGGGGGAGGGGAGGGUCAUGAGCACGCCCAGCCCCCGUCUAAUUCUCUUAGCUUCAUAAUUGGAACCUUGACCUGAUCUAAACGGACUUUGUAGCAACCAGAGGAGCAUCAGCGGGUCGGGGAGGGUGUGGGAGGGGGGUUGGGGCUGGGGGACCCUUUGUGGAUUUUCUUUGCCUUUGUGUUUAAUGCCGUGUGGGGGAAGGCAACUCUGAGGCCACCGUCACGUAUCCAGGGGCCUCCGGGCCGCGAAGGAGCUUCUCCUCAGAGGUCCCGCGGAGAACUCACCCGCCCCUGGGACCAGAAGGCCCAGUCCCACCACCCCAUCCUGUGUCCUCGCCAUCGCUAUGCAAAGUGGUUCUCGUUGUACAUAAGAUUUAAAUAAUGCGCCUAUUUAAGAAAUGUUGACAAACUGCAGGUCUGGGACCUGCCUCUUAUUUAUGAAGUCUCUGUCCCGCCCGCCCACCUGCCGCCGCCCGCCCUCCCGCCCUGGCGUGCAGGACUGUACAAACCAGUUGGCUGUCAGGGUAGUGGUAGUGUUAUUGUUAUUUUUUUAAAGGAAACAAACAAAAAAAAGAACCUUCUUGGAAAAUUGAUUGCUUUGUAGUAAUGGACUCUGUAUGCUAAUGCUCUCUCCUCCGUCCGUCCGUCUGUCCGUCCAUCCGUCCGCCUACCCCUGUGCGUUUCCCAGAUGUCUCCACCUUCCCCCCCCCACCCCCGGGGCGGGGUUCAGGCUGGGGGAGGAAAAGUGGGGUCCCCACAUUGUGGUCUUGCUCCUCCAAGGCUCUGGCUUUCUCUCAGCCCCUUUUACACAUUUGGAGGGGGGUGCUAACCUGCCGUCCCCCCACCCCCGGAGAGGAGCUGCCCGCCCUCUCCCUCUCCCCGUUCCCCCCUGUCCCGUCCCUGACUGAGACUCUGCACCUGUGGCCUCCCUCCCACCCUCCCGUGCCCGUGGUCUCCUCGUGCAUGCGCCUCCCUGCAUGGUCUCGGGAGGAGAGCGAGACGUCGCCUCCGCCAGCCUGACUGCCCAGCCCCCCUGAAUGUGACCACUGCACAGACCCUUGUCUCACCCCCCGGACAGCCAACCUCCUUUCUUUUAUAAACAGGCGGCUUUUUCUUAACAAGCCUUCACUGUACAGAUCAGCCCCUUUACAGUUUACCUGGGGUCCCCUCUCCCCAAAGCCCCCUUUUUCUGUUGUUUUAGCACAAAUACGCCCCCUCCAGCACCUCCAGACCUAACCCCCAGUCAAUGUAAUUGUUUUAUAUAUAUUUAAUCUUAUUCAAUGGAAACCAUGCUUUUGUCUUUUUAUACUUUGCUAGGUAGACUUUAUUACCCCCCGACUAUGCCCUCAUUUUUUUAAAAAAGGAUAAAAAAGAAAUUGGGUUUCAGUCUUAAUUCAUUUUACGUGCCAGGUUUUAUUUCGUGUGCGUGUGAGUGUUCCGUUUUGUGUUUUGUUUUGUUGUUGUUGUUUUCUGUUGUUUGGUUUUAUCCUCUCCCCGUGGUCCCAUACUUUAUAGCACUCUGGUGCAGAAAGAAGCAGAAGCAAAAAAAAAAAAAGAAAAAAAUUUAAAAAAUUUAAAAAGAAAAAAAAAAAGACCUGAGACAUGCCACCUUUCCCCUUCGCACUGUUGCUUUUCCUGAUGGUUAUACUACUGUCACGUAGCUGUGUUCAGAGAUGUGAAAUACUUUCAGGCAAAAAUAAACUGUAAGUGACUCAUUGA